AUGACACAAAAACCACCUCAUAUCUUGAUCUUCGGCGUCGGCAGUAUCGGUGCCAUCCAUCUGCUUCAAUUGCAGCGAGCCGGGUGUACCACCACUGCGGUGUGCCGAUCCAACUACGAUGCUGUCAAACAGAAAGGGUUUUCGCUGACAAGCGUCCGAUUCGGCAACGUCAACUAUCGCCCCGAUCACGUUGUGCGCACUGUUGAAGAAUGCCCCAAAGACACCGUUUACGAUUAUGUCCUGGUGACUGCGAAAUGCUUCCCGGGUAGUCAGCCGUCGCUCGCUGAUCUGAUCCGACCGGCAGUUGCCGGUCGUCCGGAGACGGCGAUUGUACUCGCGCAGAACGGCAUUGAGAUCGAAAAGGAUGUCGCGGACGCAUUCCCAGAGAAUCCUAUUAUCAGCGGUGUAAUCUACCUGCCUGGCACUCAGACCAGCCCGGGGGUCAUCGACUAUCCCGAGAUGCUGAAUAUGCUGGAGCUGGGAACGUACCCUGCGAAUGCACCGGCUGCGCAUCAGUCCAAGGCCCAAAGAUUAGUGGAUCUGAUGAUCCAAGGCGGCGGGGAAGCGAAAUACCUCGAAGACAUCCAGGUCGCUCGGUUCGCCAAAUUGCUCGUCAACGCGCCGUGGAACCCCAUCUGCGCGCUGAGCCUGUGCACCGAUGGCGACUUCCUGCUCACCUCUGACCCAUUCGCCCACGAGCUGGUCUGGGGUAUCAUGAUGGAGAUUGUCGCACUGGCGAAGAAAGUGGGGAUCCCGGGGGUGGACGAGGCGGCGGCGAAAGCGCGACUGAUAACCGCGACGCGUCGGGCGGAAAUGGGGACAGGGCGCGAUCCGAGCAUGCUGCAAGAUGUGAAAAGUGGCCGUUUAUUUGAGGUCGAAGCGAUUGUUGGGAAUACAGUACGAUUGGCGAGGAAAUGGGGAGUGAGCAUGCCUCGCCUGGAGACGGUGUAUGCGUUGGCAAAGGGGAGAUAUGAGGCCUUGGUCAAUGAGCAACAGAGACGAUAG